CUAAAAUUCAGCUCAGAGAAGCUAACUUAUUGGCUGCAGCGAUCGAGUGACAUGGAGGAGGCAAGCGUAGAGGAGCCGCUGCUCGGGCUACGCCCCACCGUUAGCAGCUGCGCGGCGACCGAGGCGAAGAGGCUGCUGCGGCUCGCGGGCCCGCUGGUCGCCAGCUUCAUCCUUCGGAACGCCGUCCAGAUGGUGUCCGUCAUGUUCGUCGGCCACCUCGGCGAGCUCCCCCUCGCCGGCGUCUUCCUGGCCGCGUCGCUUGCCAACGUCACCGGCUUCUGCUUCCUCACCGGCAUGGCGGGCGCGCUCGACAGGCUGUGCGGGCGGGUCUUUGGGGCGCGGCAGUAUGGCCUCCUCGGCGUGUACAAGCAGCGCGCCAUGGUGGUGCUCGCGCUGGCGUGCGUCCCCAUCGCCAUCGCGUGGGCGUGCGCCGAGCACAUCCUGCUCGCCAUCGGCCAGGACCCCGACAUCGCCACGGAGGCCGGCGCGUACGCGCGGUGGCCGAUCCCGUCGCUCGCCGCGUUCGUGCCGCUCACCUGCCUCACACGCUUCCUGCAGGCGCAGAGCGUCGUGUUGCCCGUGAUGGCCAGCUCCAUCGGCGAUGAUGGUCUGGUAAGUUUUGAGUUUUUAUUGCGUCUCUUUCUCUGCAGCCUGGAGUGGCGGUCGUUUGAAUUGCUCGUGCUGCUCUCUGGGAUUUUGCCGAAUCCUAAACUGGAGACUUCAGUCCUGUCAAUAUGCAUCAAUACUGCUACGCUGUUGUACAUGGUACCACUUGGCCUCUGCGUUUCUACAAGUACACGCGUUUCCAACGAACUCGGUGCUGGGCAGCCUCACGCAGCAAGGCUAGCAGCGCGAGUGGUGGUGUGUAUGACCUUGACUCAAGGCGUUGUGCUGGCAACGAUCAUACAUCUUCUGCGCAACAUUUGGGGAUACGCAUACAGUAGCGAGAAGGAAGUAGUGGCCUACAUUGCGAGAAUGCUACCUAUUCUUGCGGUAUCGUUCGUCAUCGACGGCCUUAAUGGUUCUCUUUCAGGGGUAAUCACGGGAUGGGGCAAACAGAAAGUUGGCGCUCGCGUUAAUCUCGGCGCGUUUUACCUGGUUGGCAUUCUAACUGGGGUGCUGGUUGCGCUUGUGUUCAGUCUAAAUGGAAUGGGUCUUUGGCUUGGCAUUGUGUGUGGAAGCAUCAGCAAGCUAGCGUUGCUCCUGUGGAUUACACUGCGCACAAACUGGGAGGAUGUUGCUGUCAAGGCCAAGGAAAGAGUCUUCAGCUCGUCGGUGCAAACAAAAUGA